AUGUCAGGUCGAAGGCUUUUCGGUAAGGUGCGGUCCGCCUUCAGGAGGGAGCGGAGCGACAUGACCCUGAGCGACACGGCUCCCUUGGAUCUAUCCGACGAACUGAUGGACGAUGAGACCCCCAAAUUCAACAAGCUAGUAGUGGUGGUCUCCGGGGAGAUGUCAGACUACUCUGCUGGAGCUCCAUCUAACGGAGUGUCGGUGAACACCAUGGUGGUGGGGAAUGAGGAUGACGAUGACUCCCUGCUGGACUCUAACUCCAGUCUGGGCAGCCCGGGGCUGAACAUGGACCCCUGUGACAGCUGCACCAAGAAGAGGGAGAGAAUCAAACACAGGAAGGUGAUGAAGAGGCUGAUCAUCGCAGCGUUACUGUAUUUUCUGUUCAUGAUGGGUGAAAUCAUUGGUGGUUAUGUAUCAAACAGUUUAGCCAUUAUGACGGAUGCUGUGCACAUGCUAACAGACGUGGUGGGUAUCUUGUUCUCUCUUCUGGCCCUCUGGCUCUCCACUAAGCCUCCUACCAAGAGAUUCACAUUUGGGCUACAUCGCCUCGAAGUGGUAUCGGCAGUCCUCAGCGUGGCGCUCAUCUACAUCCUGACGGCUGCGUUGCUCUAUGAAGCGGUUCAGAGGACCGUGCACCAGGACUUCGACAUAGAUGGAGACAUCAUGCUCAUCACUGCAGCCGUGGGUGUUGCUGUUAAUCUCAUAAUGGGGUUUUUAUUAAACCAAGGCGGUCAUUCCCACUCACACGGCCACGGUCAUUCUGCGGUUCCACAUUCAACCGGGUCGGGUCAGCAGAAACCACAUGGCAGCCUGGCCGUAAGAGCAGCCUUCAUCCACGCCUUGGGAGAUCUUGUCCAGAGCAUCGGCGUUCUCAUAGCUGCUUAUAUAGUUCGCUUCAAGCCCGAGCUGAAGCUGGCAGACCCAAUCUGCACCUACAUCUUCUCGGUGCUGGUUCUCUUCACCACGUUCCGAAUCAUACGAGACACAUUAAUCAUUGUGUUGGAAGGUGUCCCCAGACACAUGGACAUUCAGCGAAUCAAAGAAGACCUCCUGAAGCUGGAGGAUGUCCAAUCGGUGGACGAGUUGAACGUCUGGGCGCUGACGGCCGAUAAGACUGCUGCACUGGUACAUCUGCAGCUCGCACCCCCUAGUGCUAACAACUGGGAGGAGGUCCAGGCCAAGGCCCGCCACCUGCUGCUUCACACCUAUGGUCUCACCAGGUGCACCGUGCAGGUACAGACACACCGGGACAGGGCGGUACGCACCUGUUCACAGUGCCAGCAGCCCAGCGCAUAAAGACUCUCGUGGUCACACUGACUUCACCACUCAUUCUGUGGAGGCAGAGAGUACACAAACACAGAGGGGCCUGGAUGUCCCACUGCUGCUGCAGCUCUGUGCCGUAUAGCAAAGUGUGCAGACGUGAAUGGAAAAAGAGUGGUAUCGAAGGACAUAUCUAAUUAGAGAGGAUCUGCAGCCUCCAGGGACUUUGUGCUCUUUUGCUUGAAAAGCUCAUUGAAUGCAAUUUGACUCGUUCUGAAGAAGAUUGUCCUUAAUUCACCUUUAAAGCCUAUCACAGCUGACAACAUUUUUCUUAUUUAGCAGUUUAAGUUAUCACAACUGCUGUUGGGUCGUCAGAUGUAGAUCUUUGUUCCAGGUGUUGGACCUGGAAAUGUUAUUCUUACAAAACACACGACUAAAUAUUUCAUGCCUGCAAAGUGCUUAUAAAUUAUCUGGACCUUGAACAUCACACCUCAUUAAACACUCUUCCUCCAUAUUUUUAAUCACCAAAGCCUGGGUUCAGGCUGCUGUUGUUUUUUUUUUAUUUAAACAGUGUUGGAUAUUCAUAAAGUAACACAUGGUGCCUGGUCUCAUCCAUAUUUAACAGCAUUGUUGACAGGAAGCUGAUCAAAGUGGUGAUGGAUAACAGAAAAACUUCCAAGUAUUUCAGAGGAGGAAGAGUGAGCUGAAAUAAACCAGGGGUGGUAUCUCAUAGGGGUUUCUCCUGUUUUAUGAGGCUGUGGGGGUUUCUGAGUUAAACGUCUUCACAUCUCAGACAUGAAUGAUGGGGCAAUAUUGUUGUUUGUAAUAAAAGGUCAAAACACUG